CACAAGCUUUAAUUUGACUUGCAAUAAACUCCAAAAACCGUAGUCUUGUGGGAAUUCUAAGUUGUUGCUAACUAAAACAAAUAAAUAACAUCAGCAAAUCAGCAGAGCAAGAAAAUAUGUUUCGUCGUUUGUACAACAACAACAGAGGGCUUGCCGCGAACCACCGUCGUGUUGCCUCCCUGUCACACAUACGUACGAAUUUACAAGUGCGGCAGAGAGGCAUCACGUCCAACGUGGUUCGUGGUAGGCUCUCUAGUUCCCAUAUUUGUACUCGUAUUGUACCUUGCCAUACCAUACUACCGGUGGAACAUAAAGUCACAUCAAUAAUAAAAUACAGUUUUUAAAAUCAUUAUCCUUCCUUUUAGCUUUCUUUGUUAAAGUGGGUUAAAAAGAUUGUGUCGUUUCGAAAUAAAAGUUCCUACUUUGUCGCUUGCCUUAAGGACGCCUUGACAGGUUAUUCGUAUAAAGAUACAAGCAAAUCUCGACCUUAUGGUAAACGACAAAAUGGGACCUUUCACUAGACUUGACAUAUAUUUUUUUCUAGAUUCAUUCAGAUGAUUCAGAUUAUUUUUAGUUUCAAUAAAGUACUCAUAAAGUACUAAACACUACGUACUAAAGUAGUAAACAACAUAGGCUUGUAACGGAACGUAUUGAGCUGUAAAUUGUGUUGCCAUUUCUAAGCCUCUAAUUUCUACAUUGUAAUUAAAAAUAAACAAAUUGUUAUUUUAUAUUAAAAUUGGCACAGGUCUCUGCCUGUCCGAUUGUUAGUGCUAGAAAGUAGAAAUUUGCCACGAAUGUAUAAAUCAGUUACGCCGACAAAGUCGUGAAAUAAAAAUCUACUUGAAAAGUGAGGAAGAUAUUUUUUUUCGCUUCAAGCCUGUGUGGGGUGUCGUUGGAUAGCCUGGAUAUGUCUUUCAAAACGAAUAUGGGACAACAUAAUAUUUUCGGAAAUAAUCGCUCUAAAAGAAAAAAAUCUACCCUCUAACUUUUAGUUUUUUUAAAUUGUACAAUUAAAGAAAAAUGUACAAAUGGUGAACUUAAUGCCAAACGGCUUAUUUGAACCAUGGGUCCAAAAAAUUUUAUGGAAUUUUACAUAACCUAUGUAGGAGAUCAAAGUUAGUUUGUUUUUAUACUUAUAAUUAAUAUUUAUUAUUAUGUAAAAUUAUCUCCCAUAAAUUCUUGGGUAGAUUAAAAUGCUUUCUCUAUUAAAAAUGAUUGUAGUUUUGUUCUGAAAGGGUUUAAUUUUUCUAUAUUUCUUAUUGUGUUGGGCAAUUUGUUGUACACCUGUAUUGUUCUGAAAUCCGGGCCUUUUUUGUACAUUUCUAAGAUUGGUUCUGGGGGGAUGAGUUUAUUAUUUCGGCGUGCGCUUUUACAGUAUACAAGUUAUUCGGUAUUUUUUCUUACAACAAUUGAGAUUUCUAAUAUGUAAAGGCCGGGUAGAGUCAAAAUUUUAAGGCUUGUGAAAUAUAAAAAAAAAUUAUGAAAGUAAAGCUUAGUAAAGACUUUCAAGGAAAACUAUAGUAAACCUGAUCGGUUAAUUUUUGGGUUUUUGCAAGAAAGUCUAUUUUGACAGACGGGUAACUACGGAACACUACACUAGCUACGGCCCGACAUGCAAGUUGUAUUUUAGUGUAUUUGACAUGGUAGAAUUUAGAAGAUUAUUUUUUAAUGCAUUAGUAGUAUUCUGAUUUGAUUGUUAGUGUGGCAACACCGUCAAAGUCCAUUUGACAGAUACGCAGCUAUUUAUCGAAAAAUAUUGUUCCUGAAUUUAUAUCAAUUUUAAUAUUCUAUAUUGUAGUGUUCGUGUUAGUGUCGUCAUCAUAUCGAAAUUAUUCCGUCCUAGUGUGUUAGUGUCGAAGCGCGAUGUCGGGUCGCGCGGGCGCGCGGUGAAAGUGCAGUGCGAGUGUGGACGCGAAGGAGUCGAUCUUGUGUCGGGAAAACAGCAUCAGCAUGGGCGUGGGUCUGGUGCCGCUGGAGUUCACGGAGUGCCUGGCGGACAGCCCGCACUUCCGCGAGAACCUGCUGCGCCACGAGAAGGAGCUGGAGCGGACCUCGCAGCAGGUCAAGCGCCUCAUCAAGGAGGUCAAGGACGUGGUCCAUGCCGCCAAGCGACUGGGCGCGGCGCAGCUGGCGUUGGCGGGCAGCAUGGAAAACUUCGAGUUUGCAUGCAUCGGCGCCUCCAUGACGGAGGACGAGCGCGUCAUCUCGCACUCCCUCCACCACUUCGCCAAGCUCAUGCGGACCAUCGAGGACGAGCGUGAGCGCAUGCUGGGGCGUGCGCACGAGCAGAUCAUCGCGCCGCUGGAGAGGUUUCGGAAGGAGCACAUCGGCGCCGUCAAGGAGGGCAAGAAGAAGUUCGACAAGAAGACUGCGAAAUUCUGCCAGAGUCAGGAGCGGACACUCUCGCUCUCCACCAAGAAACCGGACAAUGUCUUCCAAGAGGCUGACGCAGCGAUGGACAUGGCGGAGCGCGACUUCUGCCAAGCCUCGCUGGAGUACGUGUUCCAACUGCAAGCCGUCCGCGAGCGAGAGAAGUUCGAGCUGGUGGAGACGCUCCUAGGCUUCGUGUUCUCCUGGUGGACCUUCCACCACACAGCUCAUGACGUCCACCACGACGCCGAGCCGCUCGUACGAGACUUGCAGCUGCGGAUCCAGCGGGUGAGUGCUGGCCGGUGUCCACCACGACGCCGAGCCGCUCGUACGAGACUUGCAGCUGCGGAUCCAGCGGGUGAGUGCUGGCCGGUGGUAGGUCGGUUAGAGAAGUUCGAGCUGAUGGAGUUGCUCCUAGGCUUCGUGUUCUCCUGGUGGACCUUCCACCACACAGCUCAUGACGUCCACCACGACGCCGAGCCGCUCGUACGAGACUUGCAGCUGCGGAUCCAGCGGACGCGGACCAACUUCGAGGAGACAAGCAAGCAGACCGAGUCGCUCAUGAAGAAGAUGAUGGAGGUGCGCCAAAUGAAUAAAGAAGUGGAGGCGGAGGAGACGGGGGAGGCCGCGGACGCGGCGGGCGGCGUGUCGCGCGCCGGCUACCUCUACCUCAUGGAGAAGAGUGAGUGCUCUCCACUCUGUUACAUUACUUGUAGCUACAUACAGAAUAAAGAAGUGGAGGCGGAGGAGACGAGGGAGGCCGCGGACGCGGCGGGCGGCGUGUCGCGCGCCGGCUACCUCUACCUCAUGGAGAAGAGUGAGUGCUCUCCACUCUGUUACAUUACUUGUAGCUACAUACAGAAUAAAGAAGUGGAGGCGGAGGAGACGGGGGAGGCCGCGGACGCGGCGGGCGGCGUGUCGCGCGCCGGCUACCUCUACCUCAUGGAGAAGAGUGAGUGCUCUCCACUCUGUUACAUUACUUGUAGCUCCAUACAGAAUAAAGAAGUGGAGGUGGAGGAGACGGGGGAGGCCGCGGACGCGGCGGGCGGCGUGUCGCGCGCCGGCUACCUCUACCUCAUGGAGAAGAGUGAGUGCUCUCCACUCUGUUACAUUACUUGUAGCUCCAUACAGAAUAAAGAAGUGGAGGUGGAGGAGACGGGGGAGGCCGCGGACGCGGCGGGCGGCGUGUCGCGCGCCGGCUACCUCUACCUCAUGGAGAAGAGUGAGUGCUCUCCACUCUGUUACAUUACUUGUAGCUCCAUACAGAAUAAAGAAGUGGAGGUGGAGGAGACGGGGGAGGCCGCGGACGCGGCGGGCGGCGUGUCGCGCGCCGGCUACCUCUACCUCAUGGAGAAGAGUGAGUGCUCUCCACUCUGUUACAUUACUUGUAGCUCCAUACAGAAUAAAGAAGUGGAGGUGGAGGAGACGGGGGAGGCCGCGGACGCGGCGGGCGGCGUGUCGCGCGCCGGCUACCUGUACCUCAUGGAGAAGAGUGAGUGCUCUCCACUCUGUUACAUUACUUGUAGCUACAUACAGAAUAAAGAAGUGGAGGCGGAGGAGACGGGGGAGGCCGCGGACGCGGCGGGCGGCGUGUCGCGCGCCGGCUACCUCUACCUCAUGGAGAAGAGUGAGUGCUCUCCACUCUGUUACAUUACUUGUAGCUACAUACAGAAUAAAGAAGUGGAGGCGGAGGAGACGGGGGAGGCCGCGGACGCGGCGGGCGGCGUGUCGCGCGCCGGCUACCUCUACCUCAUGGAGAAGAGUGAGUGCUCUCCACUCUGUUACAUUACUUGUAGCUCCAUACAGAAUAAAGAAGUGGAGGUGGAGGAGACGGGGGAGGCCGCGGACGCGGCGGGCGGCGUGUCGCGCGCCGGCUACCUCUACCUCAUGGAGAAGAGUGAGUGCUCUCCACUCUGUUACAUUACUUGUAGCUCCAUACAGAAUAAAGAAGUGGAGGUGGAGGAGACGGGGGAGGCCGCGGACGCGGCGGGCGGCGUGUCGCGCGCCGGCUACCUGUACCUCAUGGAGAAGAGUGAGUGCUCUCCACUCUGUUACAUUACUUGUAGCUACAUACAGAAUAAAGAAGUGGAGGCGGAGGAGACGGGGGAGGCCGCGGACGCGGCGGGCGGCGUGUCGCGCGCCGGCUACCUCUACCUCAUGGAGAAGAGUGAGUGCUCUCCACUCUGUUACAUUACUUGUAGCUACAUACAGAAUAAAGAAGUGGAGGCGGAGGAGACGGGGGAGGCCGCGGACGCGGCGGGCGGCGUGUCGCGCGCCGGCUACCUCUACCUCAUGGAGAAGAGUGAGUGCUCUCCACUCUGUUACAUUACUUGUAGCUACAUACAGAAUAAAGAAGUGGAGGCGGAGGAGACGGGGGAGGCCGCGGACGCGGCGGGCGGCGUGUCGCGCGCCGGCUACCUCUACCUCAUGGAGAAGAGUGAGUGCUCUCCACUCUGUUACAUUACUUGUAGCUCCAUACAGAAUAAAGAAGUGGAGGCGGAGGAGACGGGGGAGGCCGCGGACGCGGCGGGCGGCGUGUCGCGCGCCGGCUACCUCUACCUCAUGGAGAAGAGUGAGUGCUCUCCACUCUGUUACAUUACUUGUAGCUCCAUACAGAAUAAAGAAGUGGAGGCGGAGGAGACGGGGGAGGCCGCGGACGCGGCGGGCGGCGUGUCGCGCGCCGGCUACCUCUACCUCAUGGAGAAGAAGGCGUUUGGCACGGCGUGGAGCAAGCACUACUGCACGUACGAGAAAAAUUCGCGCACGCUACGGUUGCUUCCCUACUCGCAAAUCAACCCUAAAACUACGGCGCCGGCGGAGAGCGUGUGCGUGUGCGGCGCGCGGCGCGCGGCCGACACGGAGAGGCGCUUCUGCUGGGACGCGCUGCCGGCCGAGCGCGAGCGGCCGCCGCUCACGCUGCAGGCGCUGUCCGAGCGCGACCGCGGCGCCUGGCUGCGGGCGCUCAGUCCACAGGUAUGUACAGAGACUUCUGCUGGGACGCGCUGCCGGCCGAGCGCGAGCGGCCGCCGCUCACGCUGCAGGCGCUGUCCGAGCGCGACCGCGGCGCCUGGCUGCGGGCGCUCAGUCCACAGGUAUGUACAGAGACUUCUGCUGGGAUGCGCUGCCGGCCGAGCGCGAGCGGCCGCCGCUCACGCUGCAGGCGCUGUCCGAGCGCGACCGCGGCGCCUGGCUGCGGGCGCUCAGUCCACAGGUAUGUACAGAGACUUCUGCUGGGACGCGCUGCCGGCCGAGCGCGAGCGGCCGCCGCUCACGCUGCAGGCGCUGUCCGAGCGCGACCGCGGCGCCUGGCUGCGGGCGCUCAGUACAGGUAUGUACAGAGACUUCUGCUGGGACGCGCUGCCGGCCGAGCGCGAGCGGCCGCCGCUCACGCUGCAGGCGCUGUCCGAGCGCGACCGCGGCGCCUGGCUGCGGGCGCUCAGUCCACAGAACGGCGUGGCGGAGCUGGAGGGCGGCGCGGCGCGGGGCGCGGGCGCGGGCGAGGCGGGCGCGCAGCUGGACGACGCGGGCUUCGCCUUCGUGCGCCGCCUCAUCCAGGUGCUGGAGGAGCGCGGGCUGGAGGAGCAGGGCUUGUACAGAGUGGCAGGCGUGGCGUCCAAGGUGUCCCGGCUGGUGCAGUGCGCGGCCGGCGGCCGCCUGCCCGCCGCGCUGGCCGACCCGCUGGAGUGGGAGAGCAAGACGCUCACGUCGGCGCUCAAGAGCUACCUGCGCGCGCUGCCCGAGCCGCUCGCCACGCACGCGCUGCACGCGCGCCUCCUCGCCGCCGCCAAGCUCGAGUCGCGCGCCGAGCGCGUCGGCGCCGUGGCCGCGCUCGUCGCGCAGCUCCCGCAGCGGAACAGGGACAUGCUGCGCCUGGUCGUGGACCACUUGAGGUGUGAGCUCCCGGCCCGGCUCCGGAUGCGCCGUGGCCGCGCUCGUCGCGCAGCUCCCGCAGCGGAACAGGGACAUGCUGCGCCUGGUCGUGGACCACUUGAGGUGAGCUCCCGGCCCGGCUCCGGAUGCGCCGUGGCCGCGCUCGUCGCGCAGCUCCCGCAGCGGAACAGGGACAUGCUGCGCCUGGUCGUGGACCACUUGAGGCGAGUGGCGGCGCGCUCGGAGCGCAACCUGAUGACGCCGUCCAACCUGGCCGUGUGCUUCGGGCCCACGCUGCUGCGCGCGCCGCGCGAGUCCGUGGCCGCCAUCCUGGACCUCAAGUUCUACAACGUGCUGGUGGAGACGCUGCUCGACCACGCCGACCAGAUCUUCCAGCAGGGCCCGCAGGCAGCCCCUGUGCCGCAGGCGACGCCGGCGCAGAAUGGACUCAGGAAUAAAGAGAACAUCCUUCCAAAUGCGGCGCACUCGCGGAACGUGUGGGAGGCCACCUGGCCAGCAUGGCCGGACUGGCUGCUAGAGGUAUAUCAGAUACCUGAACGAUGCCUGUCCGAAGCCCUGGCGGGCAGGUGGCAGGUGGCCACGUGUGGGUCGCGGGCGCGCACCGGGCCGCGCGCGCCAAUCGCGGACCGCCCGGCCCCGUAUAUACCGCGCGCUGCGCCUGCGACACCCAGUCUUCAACCCUCAGGCGAACCGUGCGUUACUCUCAAUACCGACCUAGUAUCUCUGUGUUCUGAAGUUUAUUGUGUUGUGAGUGAACUGUUUAGUGCCAUCAUGAUUAUCUGCUUGUCUGGAUUCGUUAUCGCUGGGGCUUCUCCCGCGCCGCUGUCCUCCGCUCUCCUCCGCGCCGCUGACUGCAGCACGUCCGUGCCGGCGAUGCCCCCGGGCGGCGGCGGCGGCGCGCGCUACUCGCCGCACCACCAGCAGCUGCUGCAGCACUUCGCGCCGCCGCAGCUCGCCGCUCUCAGAGGUGCGACGAGAUCCAGCAGCAGUUCGGCGGAGUCGGUGUCGAGCAGCAGCGCCUCCCCCCCUCCCCCGGGCGCGCCGGCCCCCCUGCCCCUGCCCCUGCUCCCCCCCCUCCCGCCGCCGCACGCCGCCGCCGCCGCGCCGCUGCACGCCCGGCUCUACACGCACCCUUACAGCAGACGCGUGCGCACCCUGUACGCGUGCCUGGGCGAGAGCGAGGGCGAGCUGUCGUUCGAGCCCAACCAGAUCAUCACCAACGUGACGGCCAGCGCCGAGCCGGGCUGGCUGCGCGGCACGCUCAACGGCAAGAGCGGCCUCGUGCCCGAGAACUACGUGGAGCCGCUGCCCUGAGCGAGCCGAGCCGAGCCGACCGCUGCCGACCGUGGCCGAGCGCCCGACGCCGCUCCGAGGCCGGGCGCCGGGCGCCGCACGUACCAUAUCCUCGUACCUAC